AUGGGGUGUAUAAAUAGCAAAAUAAAAGAGAAAAGAAAAAUAAAAAGAAGAAAAAAGGGAAAAUGUAAUUUAAUAGGAAAUAUUGAAAGGAAUAAUGUAGGUACUAAAAAUGUAUCAACAUAUUUGAUAAAAGAAAAGAAUAAUGGAGAGCAUUAUGAAUAUAACGACAAUAAAAAUAUAGAGCGUAAUAAUGAUAAUAUUUAUAAUAAUGAUAAUAAUAAUAUUAAUUAUAAUAGUCCUUAUAUUUAUAAUAUUAAUAAUGAGAUUACUAAUAAUGUUGAUAACUCAAAAGAAAGAUUGUAUUACAAAAAAAAUAUAUUUAAGAAUAUUUCAAAUAAAUGUAGCGAUAAAAAAUUACAUACAAGUAGUGAUAAAGAAAAUGAUCCUUAUGUAAGAAAAAAUUCAACAAAUGAUAAAAGUAUAAAAAAUAAUGAUGAUGAUAAUAAUAAUAAUACAUUUUUGUUUAAAGAUAUUAAUGACAAGAAAUUGAAUAAAUCUUAUUAUUAUAAUGAGGUUUAUAAAAAUAUUGAAUCAAAUAAAUUUGAUAUUUGUAGAAGUAGAAGCAUGGAUUUAGACAAUAUAAACAUGAGUUAUAAAUUAACUGAAGAGAAGAAAAAAUAUAAAAUUAAAAAUUAUGAUAAUAAUAAAAAAAAAAAUGAUAAAUUAGUUAAGAAUUCUUUUAGUAAUAUUAUACAUACCAUUAGUAAUACACUGUUAAAUAGAAAAUCAUAUAUAGACAAUAAAUAUAAAAAACAAAAAAAAGUACAAAAUAUAUAUGAUGUGUUUGCUUCAUAUAAUAAUAAUAAGAAUGAUAAUUUUAUUGAUGACCAUCUUAAAAAAUUUCAAAAUGAGAAUGAUUUUUAUAUGUUAUAUUUAAAAAAUAAUUAUAAAAAUAAAAAGGAAGAAGAAAAAUUAUUAAAAAGUAUGAAGAAAAAUAAGGAUUUAUUAAUGUAUUAUCAUGAUUUUAAAAAUAUUAUAUUAAAAAGAAAUUCAUUCUUAUAUAUAUAUGAAUAUUAUAAAUAUAAUUGUGAUGUUUUUAAUUUAUUGUCUUUAAUGCCUAGUCAUAUAUCAGAAAAUAAACAAGCAUCAAAAAUAUUAUUUGAAAGCUCAUUCAUUGGAAAAUAUAUUAUAUUGCCAUGGAUAGAUAAUGAUCCAGAUAUUAAAAAUAAUCUUUAUUUGAAAUAUGUACAAAAUUAUUUAGAUAUAAAAGAACAAAUUCAAGAAAUAAAUCAUACUACAUAUAAGAAUAAACAAAAUCAACAAUUAUCAUAUUGUAACCUCUUUAAUAAUACAAUCAAUCAUAAUAAUCAUGAUGAUUAUUAUAAUUUAAAAAAAAAAAAAACUUCACACAAAAAAUAUAAAAAUCAAUCCAACUUUUCUUAUACAUCUCUUUUAUGUAGUCAUCUAUAUGAAAAUAAAAAAAAAAAAGGGAUUGUACUCAAUAAAAUGAAUAAAAAAAAUCUAUAUUUAAGAAAAAGAAAUGAAAAUAAAAAUAUACAUGUAACUACUAAUAAAACUAAUCUUAGUCUUCACAAUGUUUUUAAAAAUAACAUUCGAAAUAAUCUCAUGUAUAAUAAUACAAAAGAAUCUUAUAUCAAAAUAAAAAAAAUAAAAAAAAAAAAAAAAAUUAAUAAUAUGAAUAAUAUAAAAGAUAAUGAAAAGGGGAAUAUAAAAAAUGAACACUCAACUCAUGAACAAAAGGACUUUUUAAUUCACUCCAAAGAUAUCUAUAAAAUAGAUAUGACAUUAAAUGAUAUGUUCAGUCAAAGUGAAAAAAUUAAAUCAAUAAAUCAUAUAGAAGAUAUAGGUAUAAACGAAUAUACAAAACAAAAUAAAUUAAAUGACAAAAAAGAAUAUAAUAUAAAUCAAAAACAUUAUCAUAACACACAUGGUAUUAAUACAUUUAUAACACCUAACGAUGAUAAUAAAAAAAAUGAAAAAUGUGAUCAUAAUGUAUAUGAUUAUUAUAUUACUUCAUCCAUAAAUACAUUUAAAUCGAGGCCCUCUUCAUCAUCCAACCAAUAUGAAAACAAUAAUGAUGAUAAGAAGAAAAGGGAAAAUUUUAAAAUAAAUGCAAAAUAUCAAAAAAAAAAACAAAAUAACAACAAUAAUAAUAAUAAAAAUAAUAAUAAUAAAAAUAAUAGUAAUAUUUAUAAUAUUGUUAAACCUUCAUUCCUUUUUGAAGCAAGUUAUGUAGAAGAAAGUAACCAGAAGAAUAUUAUAGAACAUAAAAAAUAUCAAAAUGAUGAGAAAGGUCUAAGAAUACCUAUGAAAGAUAGUAGAAAUGAAAAAAAUAUAAAAAAGGAAUACAUUAAUGAUAUACAAUAUAAUAAUCUGGAGUGUUAUAACAAAGAAAGAGAUAAUAAAAUAUAUGAUGUUCAUACCUAUAGGAAUUAUAAAAGUGAGAAAGAAGAAAAACAUUAUGCCCAAAAUGUAGAAAAUGAAAAAGAAGGUAUAGGAGAAAAAAAUAAAAUUAAAUCAUACCUAAAAAGUAAUACAAACAAAUAUAAAAAAGUUGAAAAUAAUAGUUAUAAUAAAGAUGUAUAUAAUAAUAAUGGUAGUGAUAAUAAGAUAGAAAAAUAUGAAGAAAAUGAUAAACAAAAAAAAUAUAAACAUAACGAAUUGAAGAAUAUCAAAUUAGAAUGGGAGAAAUGUAUAUUAGAUAACUGUGAUCAUAAAUAUAUAGUAAAUGAGGAUUGUAUUAAAAAAAAUUAUAUGUGUUGUAAAAAAUGUGAUAAGAAAAGAUGUAUAUUUCAUUAUGUAAAUGGUUUUAAAUUAUAUGGAUGGUUGAAUUAUAAAUGGACCGAUCCCGAUGGGUUUUUAGAAUUAAGUAUUAGACAAAAAAAAAAAUUUGAUUCAUGGAAAAGAUUAUCAGAUUUAUAUGAGAAUCCAAUUGUUAUGUCUCCUUAUUUAUAUAAUAAUUGUAUAAGACAAGGUUUCGUUGCUGAUUGUUCAUUUUUGUCAUCAUUAACUGUAUUAAUAGAAUAUGAAAAGAAACAUAAGAUCCCAGUUAUUUCUAGUAUUAUAACUCCAUGUACUUGGAAUUAUUUAUCUGUAAAUAAAACAUGGCCUAUUUUUAAUCCUUGUGGUAUGUAUAUAUGUAGACUUCAUUGUAAUGGUAUACAAAGAAAAAUAAUUAUAGAUGAUUAUGUUCCAGUGAAGAACAAUAAUUCCUUGCUAGUAGCAUAUUCAAAUAAUCAAAAAGAAUUAUGGGUUACCUUAUUAGAAAAAGCUUUUGUGAAAUUGAUGGGAGGAUCAUAUUCUAUGUUUGGUUCUAAUCCUGGUUCUGAUUUGUAUUAUCUGACAGGUUGGAUACCAGUAACAAUAUCGUUGAAAUCUAAGAUCAGUAGUUCCCCCCCGUCUUUUGACAAGCAUAGUAUGCAUUCUUUGAUAAGGAAUGAAUAUAUAGAUGAAUAUAUAGAUGAAUAUAUAGAUGAAUAUAUAGAUGGGUAUAAUGAUGGGUAUAUAGAUGAAUGUACAUAUAAAAGUGAAAUCGUAAUGAUAAAUAACAAAUGUGAUAAAAAUGAUGAAUAUGUAGAUGACACAAGGUAUAACCAUAAUAAUAAAAAGGAUGGUGAUAAAUAUGACAAUGAUGAUAAUAUAGCACAUAAUGAUAAUAUACCACAUAAUGAUAAUAUACCACAUAAUUAUAAUAUACCACAUAAUGAUAAUAUACCAUAUAAUCAUAAUAAUUAUAAUUAUUGUUGUUUCUAUAAAGACGAUUAUGAGGUGGGAGGUAAACUGCAAAAACAAUUUCUGAAGGAAGAAUUAACUACUAUGGAUUUUUCCAAAUAUAUGAACGGAUCUGUAGAUAAUUAUAGUGAUUUGAUUAAAAGAGGAGGUUAUAAAACGUUGGGUAUAAAUUAUGAAGAAGGGAAAUAUGAAGAAUAUGAACAAUAUGAUUCUUAUGAAGAAUAUGAUGAAAAAUGGGAUAGUGUUUGGAAUAAUAUUUAUGAUGGUAUAAAAAAAGGAAAAUGUGUUGUAUGUUUAGGUACAUUAGAAUUAAAAGAUGCUGCUCCAUCGGGUUUAGAUUAUCCAGAAGGCGUUUCAAUAUCAACAGGAAUUGUAACAAGACAUGCUUAUUCAAUAUUAAAUAUAGAAAAUUAUAAUGGAGAUAAAUUAUUAUAUAUAAAGAAUCCAUGGGGUUGUAUUCGAUGGAAAGGAAGAUAUUCUCAUAAUGAUAUUGAAACCUGGACAAAAGAAUUACAAAAAAAAUUAAAUUAUUCUUUAGAAAAGGCUAUAAGUAAAGAUGAUGGUUGUUUUUGGAUUCCUUGGAAAGAUGUAAUAAAAUAUUUUUCACAUAUAUAUAUAUGUUGGAAUAGUGUUAUUUUCCCAUACCAAUUUGAGAUACAUACAAAAUGGGAAAAUAAUAAUUUAUUGAAUUCAUCCAUAUUAUUAGAUGAUACACAUUUAGUUGCAUACAAUCCACAAUUUGCUUUACAUUUAAAUGUAAAAAAACAAGAUUUAUCAGAAGAUGGUUUAUAUUAUAUAGGUAAGAAACCAAUAGAAGUAUGGAUACUUUUAUCAAGACAUGUAAGAGAACGUAAAAUUGAUGUGUCUCAAAAGUAUUUAGCUUUACAUGUGCACGCAGGUAAUGAUAGAAUUAUAUGUCCCUUAUUUCCUAUAAAACAGGGCAUAUACUCCAAUGGAGAGUGUACAUUUAUAAAGUUGAUAAUAGGUGGUAAGGAUGACCUUAUGAGUAUUAAUAUGAUGAGUGAAUCGAAAAAAGAAAUGAAUAAAAAUAAUAUACAAAAUGUGGAAAAUAGUAAUAAUUUAGAAAAUAUAAAAAAGGGGGUCAAUAUGAAUAAUAUGUUAAAUAAUGUGCAAAAAGGAAAUAGCACUCAUAGUAGUAGAAAGAACAAUAAUGUAGUCAUUGCUAAUGAUCAAACAAAUAAUACGAUCCCAUAUAAAAAUAAUAAUCACCAUAGAAAUAAUGAUGAUAACUGUGUGAAUGAUGAUCCAUAUAGAAAUAAUGAUAACUGUAUGAAUAAUGAAAAACAAAAUUUUGAAAAUGAUCCAGAAGUGCUGAGAAAUGUAGAUUAUGUAUUAAUUGUAUCACAAUAUUCACAAAAAGAAGAAUUUAAUUUUACUCUAAAAGUUUUUAGUCAUACUCAUUUAUCCUUAUAUGAAAUACCUCCUUUAUUUCCUGAUAAUUAUUCAUCAUUAUAUUUUAAAGGUAAGUGGACGAAUAAAAGUGCAGGUGGUUGUUCUAAUAAUUUGUGGUCUUAUUUUAGAAAUCCUCAUGUACGUUUAUAUGUUCCAGAAUGUACAAGAUUUUAUAUUUUCUUAGAAUGUUCUCAAGAACAUUCAGUUAAUUUAAGAAUAUUUAAAGGAAAUACAUCCUCACCUAGAUCUUUAAAAAAAGGAGAUAUAAUAUCUAGUGGUCCAUAUAAAGCUGGAUGUUGUUAUAUAGAAUGUACUUUAGAAAGUGGAAUAUAUUGUCUCAUGCCUUCAUUAUAUAGAGCUAAUGUUACAGGUAAUUAUCAAAUAUGUAUACAUUAUCCAAAUAAUAAAGAGAAACCGAUUUUGUAUUUUAUUCCUUAUUCUUAUAUUGUACCACCUUUUUCAUUUUUUAAAUAUGAAUUGGUACAUUUAUAUUCUUUAAAAAAUUAUUCCGUCAUUUUAUUUCAUACAACAUGUAUGACAUUAUUAUCUUUAAGAAUUACAUUUUUUCAAAAUAUGGAUAUUAAAGGAAUACCGUUUGUUAAUAUAUAUAAAAGAAUAAGUGACUCAAAUAAGACAACAGACGAUUGUGAAAGUGGAAAUAUUGUAAAAAAUAAUUCAUUCAUAACAUCUAUUACUUAUAAUAAUUCUAUAUAUAAAUUAAUUGAAAAAUGCAAUAUUCAUGGAAAUACAGGAAAUGAUGUUCUUCCACUUUCAACAUGUGCCUAUGAUUACUAUAUAAAAUUUAAUUCCGUAUUAAUACCUUUAGUAGAACUAGAAAAAGAACAAGCUUCUUAUCUAUUACUUAUAACUACAAAUAUAAAAGAUGAUAUUCUCUAUAACCAUGAAACUCAUUUUAUAUCAGACAAGCAAAUUUUUGUGGAUAAAUUUUAUCCACCCCAAUAA